AUGAGUGGAGAUAAGUGCAUAGACCUUAACUUGCAUGGUGUAAGGAAUCUGGUGACUCACCUGGAGGUGUUUGAUGCUGGUGACUACUUUGGGAUAAUGCAAGUAGAAGAGGUGGAUGAGGAGGAAGAAGGUGAUGAAGAAAUGGAGGAAGAAUUUAAAAAGAAACCAAAUCCUGGGAAUGAACCUUGUUUCAAAGUUAUUGUAACAAAUGAGAAUGGGCUUCAAGCCUCCAAUCCCAACAGCAUCUUCCUCAUCGACCACGCCUGGACGUACCGCGCGGAGCAGGCCCGGCAGCAGCUGCGGCACGUCCCCGGGCUGCUGCAGAGGAUGGCCGGCCUCAUGGGCAUCGACUGCCACGGGGAGCUGCCAGAGGAUGGCACUGUGGAGCAGGUGCUGCGGGAGAUGUGGAAGUACAACCAGACCUACCAGCUGUCGCAGGGGACUGCAGAGGAGAAGGUUCCUGUCUGGUACAUUAUGGAUGAAUUUGGAUCACGCAUUCAGCAUUCAGAUCAGCCAAGCUUUGCAACAGCACCUCUGUUUUAUAUGCCUCAGCAAAUUGCUUACACUCUUCUCUGGCCUUUGAGAGACCUUGAAACUGGUGAUGAAGUGACUCGUGAUUACGCUUAUGGGGAAACAGAUCGCUUGGUCAGGAGGUGUGUUCUCUUACCAUGGGUCCCUGCUGAAGUGCUGGAUGUCAACUGUUUUACACCAGAGCCACCAGAUGAACAUUACCAGGCUAUUUUAGCAGAAAACAAGGAAACGCUGCCUCUAAUGAUAAACCCACCAGUUUAUGACAAAGACAAAGUAUUCAA